AUGAAGUUACUCCAAUCACUUGGUCGUUUCAAAUACUUUCUUCGAUCUCUGGCAAAGUCAUCGCUAUGGUUUCUUCUGCUGAUCACGAUGGAGGCAGUCAUCAAUCUAUGUUUUUCUUCCUAUACAUUUGGACAGUAUUAUCAUUUUGCUGAGAGAAUUGAAAUUGUUAAUGAGGCUGUAACGUCCAUGCUUGUUGUGAUCCUUUUAGGAUCGCUCUAUCUACUGUAUGCCGGUUGGGAAGCUGUUUUACAGAAAAACGUUGUUGCCACCAGUGCUGUUUUACUAUUUCACGUUUCGUUCUUUAUUUAUUCCAUCAUUCAAUAUGUGCAACUAGGAUUUUGCUUACGCUAUGCGCAUUGGAUUUUCAGUAAAUCCAGAUUUCUACCUUUCCGUCAGAUCAACUUGUAUACCUCGUUUAGCAAGUACGAGUCUGUAUUCAACAAUUCAACAUUUACGUUUUACAAUUUGCAAGCCUUCUACGUAGCUUUGCCCGUUGUCAUAGGUUUGAUUGGUAUAAUCCUGUGCUUUUUAGUCUACCGUAUGAACAAAGUAUAUGGGUGGGUUAUGUAUCAACGGCACGGGCCAGAUCUUCACAUGAGACGACGAUACCUCAUUUACGAAAUCUUUGUUGCUUUGGUGAAGUUGGAUUUUUACUUUUGUUCUUGUUUAGCGAUUCAAAUAGCAAUGAUGAACAACCAACCGACGGAGGAUCAUUAUGAAAAAACUCGGCUUGUUCUUAUGCUAUUAUUAAUUCCCUACACUUUGUUUGUUUUGUCUAUUUCGCUGUAUGCUGUGCGUAAAGAAAGCUAUGUUUUGAUGAUAUACGUGGAGAUGAUGAUGCUUGCAGGGUCGGCGUACUACUUGUACUAUAUGGUCGUUGUGUACAGUAGCAAAAGCAAUUUGUUUUUGAAUUAUAACGUAUAUGCUUCCCUACCUGUGACACUAAUAACCGUAACCCAUGUGUUGACCACUUUUGCGGUAGGGAUUACAUGCAUGAUCAACUUUGGUCAUGGACUUCGUGAAUACUUAAACUAUUUGAAUCAAAAGAAAAAGGAAGAGUCGAAAAAUGCAUUGAAUCUUCCAAGGUCUCGUAGACCCAUUGACGAUUAA